AUGAGUGGGAACAACUUUGGGGACAGCAUGGGGUGGGGUAGAUCGCCCGGCUCCAGGAAGGGCAAGAGAGGCGGCGGCAGCAGCGGCGGCAGUGGCGCCGACAAGCCGAAGCAGCCGCAGCGGGGGCUCGGCGUGGCGCAGCUCGAGAAGAUUAGGUUACAGAGCGAAAUGGCUGAGUACUUCCAUCCUCUUGGUGGUCAGCCACCCAGCUUGAUCCACAGAACGGCCAGCCUCAAUUUGGAGGAUACGCGGGCGUCAACGUCCUCGCUCUCAUCGUCCCCAUCGUCCCCCUUCCAUGCUACCGCCGUCUCGUCGGCCUUCCCGGUCCAUCCGAAUUUCGGGUUAGCAUAUGCGGAGAGAGGAGACGCGCGAUACGGUGAAUUCCAGACUCCCAUCGUCAGAUCUCCAAGCAGCAACACUAUCUACGGGCCACCACAUUACGCGCAUCCUGGUGUCACAUUGCCACUGUUUGCACCAGAGGAAUCUACCGGUCUGAGAGGGCACCAUGACCGGAGCCGGUCGGCUGAUUCGACGAGUAUGAACUCCGACGAUCCAGAAGACGUGGAUCUCGAGCUCAAGCUAUGA